AAGCUCUUAGCCUGAGUUCCCUCUCUUUUCGGGAGAUGAUAUUGCCUGAGAGCACACAACUUCCCAACUGAGAACUCCCAGGUGAUGCAUUGUGUGAAGAUUCAGCUGGAAUGGAACGCCUCUGUUAGCAGGCUUUAGCUCCGAUUGGGUUUUUUUUUCCCAGACCGAGUCGAUCGGGACUUGAACUUGGUGUUCAGUGGCGAGCCAGUUUAAAGUGAAGAUUUGACUGUGGAGGAACCAGCAACGCGGUGUGGCCAGCCGCAGGAUCCGUCUGCAGAACACAGCAUCAUCGAUCCCCUCUUUAUUCACAGACAGAUAAGAUUGACACUCAAAAAUCUACCCGGGUAGUUCGAACACAGACAUUACAAGAACACACAUACUCAUACACAAGGAACCUAUGCUUCUUUCCAUAAAGGAGCAGUGCGCAUUGGGCAUUGAACUCUUUAAUUCUUUCGAGAAGACCUCCAAAGAGGGCAUUCUUAUUAUUUUGGGUCCAUUUAUUGUGCAUAUGUGCAUACUAGGAAGCCGGCUUAGGUAGGCAGGGUCUGUAAUUUCAUGUUUGUUGUUUGGUGGACAAUACACCUCAAUUCAAAUCAUCCAGUUGUGUGUGUGUGUGGUAUCUCUGCUGACACAGGCUUUCAGGCUCUGCAGUCAUUCCUGGAUCUUACUGACACUGGCUUAGUAUUAAACCAUCAUUGGUAUACUUGUCUGCAAUAACUGUUACACUUACCACAGAGUGGAGGACAUCACAGGCGUCGUUGGCAUUAGCAGAGGGGGGAAUAUACGAUGCUAUCACAAUAACGUGUGAGAAUUCCCUCAGCAGAUAGCAAGGUCUCCUGCUAACGGCCAACAGUUCAGUGUCCCUAUGGUAGAGUCGUUUUUUAAUAGUUAUGUGCCUAGAGUUACACCAUCUAUCAUUAACAAAUACAGCCUUUCCUCCUCCUUUCCUUUUGCCACUCUCCGUCGUUCUGUCCGCCCUCACCAGAUGAAACCUGUCCAGAGCGGCGUUUGUAUCUGGGGUUACCGUGGUCAGCCAUGUCUCUGUGAACACCAAGAUGCUGCACUCCCAAUAUUCCCUCUGGUGCGGUUGCAAAAAGUACAAGUAGGGCCACAGCAAAAACAGCGACACUGGGGCCCCUAGUGCACAAAAGGACACAACCCCACACAAAAACAGCUAAAGAAAAAAUUAAAGAACAUGGACGUAGAGAGGAAAAAAACUUAACAGUAUGCAAGAGCUGCCACAACAGGCUGCCACUCAUGCCGCCCCAUAUUGAUCACGAUAACGAUUGUUGUAAAUGUUAACGAUUGUUGUUGUAGUGAUUGUUACCAGUGCUCCUUGUCCAGAAUAAUUGUUAAGUAUAUAUGGUGAGUAUUUCAAUAGGUGUUUCACUGUAUUAUUUUGGGCAUGGUCGAAUCGUAUAUGAAUCAAAAUGUCUGAUAAGUUUUUAUUUCCUCUAUAGGCCGCAUCAUUUGCUUCAUGUGCCUGGCUGAAAUUGGCCUUUAACUCUGUGAUAAGCCCCAACAGUUGUUGUGAGUAUGCGAGCACCAACGGGAUGAGUGUGAGACUGCCCCUCACAGUUUCAUAAUCACCUUUAUUAAUAAAGGAGUUCCUGACCUCAGUCCUGAUGGAUCUAAGGAAAUGGCCCGGAUACCCUCAGGGUCUCAGUGCUUUAAAUAACUCUGAGGUAGCCUCAUCUACGUCAUGUAAGUAGGUACAUAUUCUGUGGAAUCUGAUUAAUUGGGAUUUAAUUAGUCCUUUGAAUAUAUGUUUCGGGUGGUAGCUGCUCAUAUGUAAGAGAGUGUGUUUGUUAGUCUCUUUGAAGUAAACCUUAUUUCAGGUACCGCAGGUACCUGCGUAGAGUCUGGCAUGUGGGACAUCCAGACCAAAGAGGUAAAUUCUCUGUUUUGCAGUGAUGUAUUUGUCCUCAUAUAAUUAGCUUAUUAUUGACCUGAUUAUAUUAUAUUUCAGCUUGCAGAGGUUGUUCCAGGGGUACAUAGUAAGUGGUAUUAUUUAGUUGUCUUUCCGCUUCCAGGAGAUAAUUAAAUCUAUUCUGGAGUACAAUUUGUUCUCCCUUAUCUGUAGGCUUUAUAACUAUUUCUUGUGUUUUACUGAGUGUGGAGAGAGCCUGCCUUUGUGCCCCUGUUAUGUUAGCUUUAGCUUUGUAGCUUUAGAGCUACAGAGGGCUCUGAACUGAGAGGGAGCAUUUUUUUCUCUGUGGAUCAGUUCCCAGAUCGGUUCCGACAGGGAAUCAAAGGCAGGCUCCUACCUGGAAUUAUUUGUGAAUGGUACAUAUGGAUAGUCUCAAUUAUAGUGGAAAUGGUCUAAGAUUUUAAGUCUUUAAUGAUACGUGUACAGGUCACUCAGCAGCUGUGUUCGGUCUGGUAGUUUUGGUGUCGGGAUAAAAGUAAGGCCCUUCUCUAAUAUUUCACUUUGUAAUUUAUUUAGUUUGAAAAAAGAAUAAAGGUUGAUUACGUUGGGACUGUGGGGAGUAACAGUUUUGCACUACUCCCCUGUUACAUGUUUAACUGAUCGAGCCAGUGUUCCACUAUUUUUCCAGCAGUGUCAGCUGUCCAGUGGACUGGAUCCCUUGGCUCUGUUUUAAACAUGAGUGGGCUAAUUUCUGACAGGUACCUGCACUUUUUUCCAAUAUACUUAUUUAAGUGUAUGAGCAGGUAUUUUUGCUGUUUCUCUAAUUUGCUGUUGAAGUUAAUAAUGGGAACAUAAGUUAAAGCAUUUGGGAAAGUUGCUUCCGCUGUUCGUAGCAACAUAUUGAGCUGUUUGAUUAUGGUUAGGGGCUGAUGCCAUCUAAGACAGUUGUUAAGACCGACAGAUAAAACCACUGUAUUCACAGAUUUGUUGGGAGGAUUUUUUUUUCAGGAUUUCACCUUUUCACAUUUGGUGAAAUUGUGCUCCUGGAAAGCCAUCCAUUUGGAUGUCCUACUACUAAAUUGUGGGACUUGAGUCUCCUAUUAUUAUAAUAGAUUUUCUUGGUGUAAGAUGCCAGUCCCUGAUCUUGUGCUCUUGUGUUCUUUUGUGGACAGUCGGCUUACAGUCCAAAGUGGAUAUGGUCCCCAGAUGGGAAUGAGGUGAGGUGCUCUUAGUACAGGGUUCAGAUUGGGCAGGCUGUCAUGCCUUAUUGCUUUGCGAAAGAUUUGCCAUCAUCAUGUCCUGUUUGGUUCGUUUCUGUGUUUGAGCUGUUUCACCAAAAUUCUUUUGAGGAGACCUCACCCCCUCUGGCUGCUUCACCUGGGAUCCUGGAGCUGGGGGGAGAGAAGUGGAGACACUAGUUUGAGAAGGUGCAGAGGAUUCUGACGGAUGGAGUCGGAGAGUGCCUCUGAAGCUGCGAGGAGGCCCCAUUGUCUCCUGUUAUGCCAGCCUCAGGAGGGGUUGGUGAGGAAGCAGGGGUAGGAAGUUACUGGCAAGGGGAGGCUAUGUUCUCCUCCACCAUUUCAGACUGGAGCAGUAUGGAGUCAGUCUGUUCUUGAGCAAUCAAAGGUAAGGGACUCUGAGAUGGGCUACUAUUUAUCAGACCUGGGGAUGGAGAUAGCCCUCUCUGAGGUACAGUUGCAAGAAAAAGUAUGUGAACCCUUUGGAAUUUCAGGGUUUUCUGCAUUAAUUUCUCCUAAAAUGUGAUCUGAUCUUCAUCUAAGUCAAGGGUAUUGACAGAUAUAAUGUGCCUAAAAUAACAAUUUUUUUUAUCUUUCAUGUCUUUACUGAACACACUCAUUCAACAUUCAAAAUGGUAGUGGAAAACGUAAGUGAACCCUUGGAAUUAAUAGCUGGUUGACCCCCCCCUUGGCAGCAAUAACCUCAACCAAGUGCUUCCUGUAGCUGUGGACCAUACCUGCACAUUGUUCAGGAUGAAUUUUAGCCCAUUCUUCCUGGCAGAGCUGCUUUAGCUCUGUCAUAUUCUUGGGAUGUCUCAUGUGUAUGGCUCUCUUCAAAUCAUUCCAUAGCAUCUCUAUUGGAUUGAGGUCUGGGCUCUGACUUGGCCACUCCAAAAGGUGGAUUUUGUUGUUCUGAAGCCAUUCUGUUGUGGAAUUGCUCCAGUGUUUUGGUUUGUCCUGUUGCAUCACCCAACUUCUAAAGAGUUUCAGCUGACAUACAGACAUUCUCACAUUAUCCUGAAGAAUUUUUUGAUACACUUGGGAAUUUAUUUUCCCCUCAAUGAUUGCAAGCUGGCCCAAAUCAUGAUGUUUCCUCCACCAUACUUUACGGUUGGGAUGAUGUUUUCAUGAUGAUAUGCAGUGCCCUUUUUAUGCCAGAUGUAGUGCUGCGUGUUCUUUCCAAAUAGUUCAAUCUUAGUUUCGUCAGUCCACAAAACAUUUUGCCAAUACCGCUGUGGAGUGUCAAUGUGCUCUUUCGCAAACUUCAGGCGUGCAGCAAUGUUGUUUUUAGUAAGCAGCAGCUUCCUUCAUGGUGUCCUGCCAUAGACACCCUGCUUGCUCAAUGUUUUACGUACUGUAGACUCAUGAACACAGAUGUUAGCCAGCUCCAAUGAUGCCUUCAAAUCUUUGGAUGUCACUCGGGGUUGUUUCUUUACAUCAUUGAUCAGUCUUCUUGUGCUUUUGACUGCGUGCCCACUUCUCGGUAGAGUAGCCACAGUCCCAAAGUGUCUCCAUUUGUAGAUUGUUUGCCUAACUGUAGACUGGUGAAUUUCAUUCUUUCAGAAUGAAAUUUCGUUUGCAUAGGCCUCAGUUUUUACAGUUUCAGUGCAGUAUUUGUGCUAAAAUUCUGUAAGCAGAAUAUGAAUAAAUAUAUAUAAAUAAUUAGGUAUGUACAGUAGGAUUUUUAGGGUGUAUGGCGAUUUUAGCAGCAACAGUAUGGAAUGAAUAUUAAAUAUAUAAAUAUCUAUAUAAAUGUACAACAGCAGUCUAGUGUGAGACCAGCAGCACUGAGUAUUUACAGACAGUAGUUGAAAAAGAAUUUUAAGUGUUUAACAGUCUGAUGGCUUGGGGGACAAAGCUGUUGUAGAACCUGGUGGUCCUACACCGCAUGCUGCGGAACCUCUUUCCAGAGGCCAUCAGGGUAAGCAGUCCAUGAUGGGGGUGAGAGGAGUCACUGCAGAUCUUCCUGGCCCGAGACGUACAGCGGUUCUGUGCAACGUCCUGGAUGGAGGGAAGAGAAGUCCCGAUGAUUCUCUCUGCUGUCCUCACCACUCUCCUCACAUCCUUCCAGUCAGAGGCACUGCAGCCUCCACACCACACUGAGAUACAGCUGGUCAGGAUGCGCUCUAUGGUGCUUCUGUAGAAUGUGGUGAGGAUGGGUGGGGGCAGAUGGGCUCUUCUCUUCCUCUGCAGGAAGUACAUCCGCUGCUGUGCCCUCUUCACCAGUGAUGCAGUGUUUACAGACCAGGUGAGGUUGUCUGUGAUGUGCACCCCCAGGAACUUUGUGCUGCUGACCACCUCCACGGUUCCGAUGCCUCGCUGAACACAAUUUCGAUGCCUUGCAUUGAAACAGGAAAUUGCAUUAAAGUUGCUGUAACUCAGCCAUAGCUUAAUCAAUCAGCCCCAAAUUUCACAGUGAUGAUGAGGGUCCCAACAUUAACAGGAUGUUGUGAAUAUUGACAUGUGGGUGACAUGCACAUCUACAUGUCAAUAUCCAAGUAUAUUGGUAGUGCCACCUAAUGGCAACAGGAAACGAUAUGCCUCAUACAUCAUUGUUUUUCAUCAAGCAGGUUGACAAAGAUCCAUUUCACGUGUGUCCAGAGAUGGUUAAGACUGUUAAAACCAGUCAAGAUGGUUUAAGCUCCCCUUGCCACAAAAUCCAGUUUCUUUCAGUAUUCUGUUACUCUUUCUUAUAGAAAAACCACACACACAUACACACUCUCUCUCACCCAAGCAACUGCACCCUCUAUGUAAUGCUGCAAAUGUUAUGACGACAAUCCUCUGUAUGUGUGUACAUUUGGCAGAAUUGACAGUAAAGCGUUCCUGUGUUGUUGGAUAUGAGUAAAAACAACUGAAGUGCCUAGACUUUUGGCACAGUGCUGUUCGUUCUGUGGUAAUUAGUCCUAUGUUGUUUGCAAGUGACCAGGUCUUUUUGUGUUUCUGUUCAUGUAUGCAGGACUCAGUGGGCAGUAACUGCUCUUCCUCCAUUACUCCAAUCACUCUGCUCAUCUAAUCGCACGUCUUCUCAUUACCAUAGCUGAAUGUGGAUUGAUGCUUUCCUUACAGUUUUGUUUGGGUCAGUUGAGAAAUUGCACACAGGGUCAACUGACAUUUUAGAUUAACAUGCUGUCUGGUGACAGCUGCAGUGCACGUCUCUUGACGGGUACACGAUGUGAGGGCCCGUUCAGCGCUGCUUCCAGCUUUAAUUUAUUUAUUGUAUUUUAACCUGGCCCAGUUCCAGAAGUUAUUUACUUGUGAUCCUAUCAAUAAACCUUGAUUAGGGGAACUUUGCGCACAUUUAUCAUUAUAUAUAAUAUAUUUAUCAUUAUAUAUAAUAUAUAUAUAUAUAUUAUUAUAUAAUUUGCUUGUUUUCAUUGCUUUUAUUAUUUGUUGAGGAACUUUUUAACAUGUUUGUUAGGUAUUUAUGCUGCAUCUGCAUUUUACUUGUGAUAAUGGAUGUCUUGAUCUGGCUAGCUGCAAAACAAAUCUACCUAUGGGUACUAAUAAAGUAACCUAACCUAACCCAAACAAUAAUCUUUGCCUAAACCUAACCAAACCAUGGCGGUUCCAUAAGCUUAACCAUGUUUAUUACCAUGACAAUGACAGUCUGGUACGCCUGCUGCUUGCACACUCAUACGGGUCGUACCAGAGGACAGGGACAAGCGACCUACGUGGUCAUUUACAUUGGAGGACUUAGUGGUAAAAAUAUGAGACCAGCAGAGUUAAGUGGAGAAACAGAAAGAGGCAGUAGCUCUGAGUUUUGCUGGCAGAGAGUGGCUGCGUGAUAAGUGUUGUGUGUGGCUGCCACUCCCCUCUAACAGUGAAUGAGACUUUAGAAGUUGUUACAGUGAUCAAGUGAGGCUUUCAGUAAGGUGGACUGAGUGCCAUGUGAUCAUUAAUCACACAGUGCACAUGAUGAAAUCCACCACUGUCAGUAUGAGUUGACAGUGAGUGUGUGCAGUCCCCAUUCAUUUGUGCAUCAAAGCCUCUUUGUAGCAUUAACACACAAUAGGAGACUGAGUUUGGUUUUCUGAGCAGCUGUAUUUUGCCAAAAGCUCUUGCAGCUUUCUGCAGAGUGACACUUGGCCCCUUCAUCUGAUCAGAUGGGUCAGGAAGGAUUGUCCUGUUUAGCUAACAACAAAGGACUUCCACACAAGCUGUCAAAGCCAAAUUAUGUGCCCUCUCUCCUCUCCUGCAACAUCAGCAAAAUGGCUGCUCUAUAUUCCAGUCAUUAUCCAAAUGUAUCUCAAGACACUGCUUCACUGUGUGUGUCCCCAUCACAGCUCUUUUGACUCCUGGCUGCUUUUUCUGACCGCAUGGUCAGUGAACUGGCACUGAUGUAGUUUCAGUUAUGCUGUAUUUUCUCUUGUGUUUCUAGUUUAGGUUGAUGUGUUAUUUUGGUAGUAAUCAUUUCUCCUGCGUUUCUGGCUUCUGGGUUUUAUUAUUAUUAUUUCCCUCAUGUUUCCUGGUCUUGUACUUCCUGUUUUAUUUUGGAGUCUCUUGUACUGUCUGGUCUUUGGUGUUUUUACUUCUGGUCUUGUAUUCCCUCCUUUUUUAAGCCCCACCUGUGUCUCGAUUAUAAAUAUCCCAGUGUGUAUAUACUGUAUGGUCCUCUCUUUCACCAGUUCUUUGUCAGAGUAUUUUCCUGUAUUUACUUCUAUGGACUUAUUUGCUGCAUUUGCCAUUGUUCCUUUUGUACAGUGAGUUUUUGGCUCACCUUUUGUUUUGUUUUUAGUUGGAAUAAAUUAUUGUCUGCACUUUCUGGUCCUUCUCCUAUUUUCCCCAAAAUGUGACACAGUGGGUACAGUCAUCAAUGUUGCUUCAAGGACACCAAGGGACCAUCAGUUUUGUUUAAAGGAAUCUGAGGAUUUUAACAACUUAAGAUAAAGUUAACAUUAUACACUUAUACACUCCAAUUACACAUGAUGACUUUUUUUUAAAGCUGUAGUAUUUUUUUUACAAUCCUUGUGGCAUUGUGGGAAGGCUUUGAAACCAGCAGUUGUUUGAAAAUACCCAGAUAUGAGAGCAUACUAACAUUGUUUGUUUGAGUCAUUUGUUCAUAUUGUUUUUCGGUAGUUUUCAGCUGAACUGAGUUUUGGUGUUUUAUCUUGAUAUAGGCUCUGCAGCCUGAGCCUUAAUGCAGACAGAGGAAGCUGAAUUCCCACUAUUUUCUUCAGGUCACUCUCACUCACCAUCUCCUCAGCCCCCCCACUGUACCCCCAGCAUUAGCUGCCCAGCUCUCUCACCCAACCUCAUUAAUAUCAACUAUUCCAGUCCAUUACAAUCCAAUAAAAAUGGACUGGUAUGCAUAAGAAGGUCCCUUCAUCCUCUUGCACAUUUUUACCAAGAUCACCAGGUGUCUGUUUCAACAGUCUUACUCAGGAUCAUUUAAGACGCUAUCCAUGCAGUACCUGUGAGUUACACACACACAAUCUCACCUGCAAACCUUAAAAAUAGGAGGGAUCUUGGUGUGAUGCAUGCAAAUAUCCGAGGCAUCAUUUUAAAAAUUGACUGUAUUAAUAUCUGUGCAAGAAAUAACAAUCCAUACAUCUUAGUACUCUCAGAAACUUGGUGAAACCCAUCCAUAAAAGAAAUCAAUUGUUUCCCUUAGAGAUUAUUCAAUUAAAAUUUAAUUCAAUCAAAUUUUAUUUAUAUAGCACUGAAUUGAUGAACCCUGACCCUGAACCAGAUUCAGGGUGGGCAGCCAUCCACCUCAACCAGUUGGGUUGAAUAAAAGAGAGAGAGAGGGGAUGAGGGUGAGACCUGCUCAGUGCGUCAUGGGAAAUCUCCCAGCAAUCUAGGGCUAUAGCAGCAUAACUAAGGAAUGGCUCAAGCAAGCCUAAGCCAGCCCUAAAUAUCAGCCUACUGCAGAGGGUGUCUGCCUCCUGGAUUCAAACUGGGAGAAGGUUCUACAGUAGAGGAGCCUGAUAGCAGAAAGCACUGCCUCCCAUUCUAGUCCUGGAAACUCUGGGAACCACCAGUAAACCAACACCACAAUGUUCUAGUGGGGAUUGUAGGGAACAAUAACAUCUUAGAAUGGAGCUUGACCAUUAAGGGCUUUGUAGGUGAGGAGGAUGAUUUUAAAUUUUAUUCUGGAUUUGACCCGGGAGCCAGUGUAGAAAAGCUAACACGGGAGAAAUAUGACCUCUUUUUCUAGUUCCUGUCAGUAAUUGUGCUGCAUCAUUUUGGAUCAAUUGGAGAGUCUUUAGAGGCUUGUUGGAACAGCCUGAUAAUAAUGAAUGGCCAGCCUGGAAGUAACAAAUGCAUAGACGAGUUUUUCUGCAUCUUUUUGAGACUGAAAGUGUCUGAUUUUGGCAACAUUACGACAGCUGUCCUCAAAGUUUGUUUUAUGUGGGAGUUAAAGGACAUAUUCUGAUCAAAGAUAACUCCAAGCUGGAGGUCAGGGCAAAUGUCUUCUAGCAUAACUAUGUCAUUGGAAGAUGUAUUUCUGAGGUGGUCAGGGCCAACUACAAUAAUUUUGGUUUUGUCUGAGUUCAGUAGUAGGAAAUUGCUGGUCAUCCAAGUCUUAAUGUCCCUAAGGUAUGUCUGAAAUUUAGUUAACUGAUUGGUUUCAUUAGGUUUCAUUGACAAAUGUAAUUGUGUAUCAUCAGCAUAACAAUGUAUGUUUAUGGGGUGAUUUCUGAUAAUGUUGCCCAAAGGAAGCAUAUACAAGCUGAAUAGAACUGGACUAAGCACUGACCCUUGUGGAACUCCAUGUCUAAUUUCUGUGUAGGGGAGAGUGGGGUGAGAUGAGCCAGUGGGUAAGUUGACCCACCCCUUGUAUCUAGGUAACCGUGCACAUGUUUUGUCAUGUGACCAUUAAUUCAGGAAGCACCCAUCAAUUCUAUCUUGCUGUGAAGCAGAAAAGCACAUGGGAGAAAGGAAAAGAUAUCAUGCCGAGAAACUACACAAGGAAAACAAGGUGGGGCUUAACGCCCAUUGAAGAGAUGAAGAGGGCAGUCAGUGAUGCCAAGGGUGGAAAGUCCAUCAGAUCAGUGGCAAAAGAGAGGAAUAUUGACAGGUCAACACUGCAGAGGUACAUCAAAAAGAGUGAGGAAGAGGAAGUGAAAAUGACAGGGUACAUGGGAACAGCAGAAGCAAACAGAAUCUUCCCAUUGGAGUUGGAGAAGGAGCUAGCAGACCAUAUAAAAAAGCUGGCGGAGCAGUUUCAUGGCCUCACACAAAAGAAAUGCCGUGAACUGGCAUCAGAACUGGCAGAAAGAAACAACAUUUCUACCCCCAGCAACUGGACAGAGAAAGGUUUAGCUGGUAGGAUGUGCAAGAAACAACAACACCACGGAAUAUUGUAUCUGGAUUCAGAUCCACUGGGAUCUUGCCUUACAACAGAGAUGUCUUCAGAGUUUGCAGAGUUUGAGCCAUCCAUGGUGUCAGACAGGCCCAACCUGGAGCAGCAGGCUGCAGCUGCAGAUGAUGCACCCAUGGUUUCAAUCUCUCUUUCUGCUGAGCUACCUUCACCAGGCCCUGCACAGCCAUGUUCUUCACAAAGUGACACAAAUUCACACCCAAGCCCUGCUGGAUAUGUGUCUCCUUCUGUGAUUCUACCCUUUCCCAAAAGUCAGCAGCCCAGGAAACAAACAAACCGAAAGCAUGUGAAGACAAGAGUCCUGACUGAUACACCUGAAAAGCAGGAAAUUGAACGUGCCCAAGAGAGGCAAAAUAUACAGAAAGGCAAAACAGAAAGAACCAUCAAAGAGCAAGCAAAGCUGAAGAAGAAAUGAAGCCAGACAAAAAACGUAGUGGAAAGCAGCUCUGAAGGGAGUGAUGUUGCCAUCCCAUUUGAUGACACUUCUGAGCAUGAGAGCUCAAGCGAUGAAAGAAGUGAACCAGAUGUCUUAGAUCUGGUAGUUGGUGACUUUGUCAUCGUAAAAUUUGUAUCCAAAUGCAUAAUCCACCUUUACAUUGGCUUGGUUGACAGCCUUGAGGGCAACGAAGUGAGUGCCAGAUUUCUCAGAAGAAUCCGAGCGAUCACAGGCAAUAAGAAACCCACCUUUGCAUUCAAGGAAAAGGAUGAGGCAUCUUUCCCACGGAGUGAUGUGCUGAAGAGGCUACCACAACUUCAAACGGCUGGAGGAACUGCUGGAGGAAUUGCGGGAGCAACAGUUCAUUUUCCCCUGCAACCUUGACAGUUGGAACAUUGAAUAGUUGUUUCGAUUAAAUGGUUAAAUGGUUUAGAGACUAACUGGUGGUUUGUUUUGAAAGGAACUGGUGAUUUGUUCUGAUAAGUUCAAAACUGCUAAAACCUUUUGUUCUCACAAGUUCAAAUCUGUUAAAACCUGUUGUUAGCACAAUAUGCUCAGGUUUAAAACUCAGAUGGUCAAUUUACCCCCAGAUGGCUCAAUUUACCCACUGACAUGGUUCAACUUACCCCUUACCUGAGCACUUUUUUUUUGAGAAGUCAUUAUUUUGGGCAGCUUUGUCAGAGAUGCAUUUUGAUAAUUUCAUUUGAUAGGAGACAUCUUGAAAUAAAGUUAUGUUUCAAUUCUAUCUCUGUGUCAUUUUUCCUUACCUCCAGGACAACAUAAGUAAAAAAUGGCUCAUAUUACCCCACUCUCCCCUACAUGGAGUUGUUGUUAACUGGCUUAAGUCCUAUCUAUCUGAUAGUACUCAGUUUGUACAUUUAGUGCAGUUCCUUUAAUGCCGAUAGAAUUCUCCAGUGUCUGUAAAAGGAUGUGAUGGUCAAUUGCAUCAAUAUUGUACAAUACUGUACAAUAAUGAGGUAAAUGCAGAGCUAAGGUGGUUGUUGUUGACAUCCACAUGAAUAUUAAAAUCACCUACUAUAAUAACUUUUUCUAAGGACUAUGAAAAUUUGUAUAUAUAGUAUAUAUGGAUAAGAUAGACCCUCAAAGGGCAGUGGUGGUGUUAAAAAUAAUAUGGUAUUCAUGUCACUUAAUGUCUCCAUCUCCAAACAGUAUGAGUUAGUAAGAGCUGAACCACACCACCUCCCUCUUUGUUGUCGGAAUUUAUUGCCUUUCCCCCUUUUUCAGUUACUGAACCUCUUCAUAUAACUGACACCAAGAAAGCUCCAGGAGAACAUCUUUGACCCAAUUCUUCUUAGAAUCUCUGAUCCUUUAAUCACUGAUUGCUUAACUAAUAUUUUCAACUUCAACAGUUGUAUUGGCGUCAUCCCAAAAAUAUGGAAAGCAGCUCACAUGGUGCUUUUGUGUUUUGGCUUAAAGAAUAAAUUACUGGACUGAGGUCAGCCACUGAGUUUGCAUUUUGAGUCUGUUUCCUGUAUUUUGAGCUCCCAAACAUGACAAUCCCAAUUGAGAAAGUUCCCCACUAUAAACACCUUGGCAUUUGGAUUGAUGAUAAACCCACAAUACAAUGCAAUUUAAGUCACAAAUUAAAAAUGCAUCUUAGUUUUCUGUCUCCCACCAUACAGUAGGAAAAAGAUUGUGGAAGCAACUUUUCUCUCUCUCUAUCAGAUUAUAACAUUUAUAGACAUACUCCCAUUUCCACUCUUAAACAUGUGGAUCUGUCUGGAAUCAGUUACAGAGCAGACUGAAACUUGACACACUGAUACCAAUAGGCCAGUUCAAAUACAUGGUUAGAGGCUUUACUAACUUGAUGUGUGACUGUCUUACAUAAUGUAUGUGUAAAUGUGUAUGUGUGUAUCUGUAUGUCUGUGUGUGCAUGUGUGUAAUGAGUGCAUAUAAUUAAACGUGUACAUUUAAAUAUAACAGGAUGUCACAGACAUGCACAUACAUACUUUUGUCAAUGCAUCAUACAUGUCUCAGCAAUGAGCAGCCAGGUCAAGUUACACAGUCACUUCUAAUCAUUGUCUAGAAAGUUCUGAAGCAAACACAAACUCAAAUACCUUCCAGGGCUUCCCCUGUGCAACAUGAGACCUGGGAACUGCACAAAUUUGUUUUACUGCACAAUAAAGGAGUAGCGGGACCUGGGCUGCAUGGUGUUUUCUGUCAAAUGCUACCCAGUGGUCCUGUAGCCCUGUGAGACCCAGGCGUGCUUGGAGGCAUCUGCUGCCUGACCUGCCACUGUCAUUUCCUGCCUGGUUCAGACGGAUCUUUGUGGUGAUGUAUGGAGGAGUGUCUGAAAGUCAGAGCCAAAUAGCUCAUAAACCUUCACAUCACAUUACUGACAACACCAGGGAAGAAGGUGAAAUAUUAUGGAACAUUUACAGUUUUUUGCAGACUUCUGCAUAUUCACACACACAGCUGUGUUUCUCUUUUUUACAGUGUGUGACAACAGGACAGAACUGACCUCUGGGAGGCUCUGGCAGUAAAUUCACCUCCCAUGUCCAAUUGUCUUUAUGUGAAAACACUUUAACAUACUCAUUUCAUUCAAACAUCCAUCCAUCCAUCUAUUAUCUAUACUGCUUAAUGUUUAUUAACAUGAUCCACUAUUCUGUAAAUAUCAGGAAGGUUUAAGAAAUUCACUUGAAAAGCAGUUAAUGUUUCCAGAGACCAUGAGAUCACCUGUGGAGUCUCUUCAUAGUCCCGGUGGUACAGUGGUUUUCAUAUUCAGAAAACAAAGUCUAUCAAUCUAUUGAUUGGAGCUCGGAUUGUGUAGUCCCACUCACUGAACUGAAACAUGGUGCUACAGUGCAUAUUACCCAUGAUCCUCUUCUUGCUGUGGCUGUAACAAACACACAAAACUAUGUUUCUAAUUCUUGAUAUUUUUAAAGUUUCCUGACUGGAUAUCAGAGAUGAAUGCUAGUUUUAAAUGACUUCUAAGUCUUUUUAACUGCUCCACAGUUCAACAUUAUUCUGGAACUUGCUGGGCCUGAAUCCAGCAGUUUAAGCCACUGACUCUCACUCAGUUAGAGGGAGAUUGUACCUGCUCACCACAGUUACACAAACAAGUGUUCAAAUGACAGAGGCUCCAUUCUCCCCGUUAUAGUCACUAAGACACCACAGUCAGUCUGAAGCUGAGAGUUUAAGGUUAAAUAGUUACAGCAGGUUGAUUUAAAUGUUCUUUUGGGCCGUGUUAGAGGAGUUAACCAACAACCUGUACAGACUUGAAACAGCUAUUGAACUGCAUUAUUUUAUAUUUUAAAUACUCUUUGGAAGACAUGGGGAAAAUAUUGAGUAUGAUUAUUUUUAUAAAUUUAUAUUUAGAAAUCUUAUUUAUAAAUCUUACUACAUGUUGUUAUAAAUUAAUAGCAAAGUUGCACCAUGCUGGUGCCACAAUUGUGAAAACAAAGCCCUUAUGGGAAAGUGAUGUGAUGUGAGGUACAGAGUACGUGCAGGACAUCCAACUAUGCACCUCCAUGUUUUAGACUUGUAAUGCAGGAUGUUUUGUUGUCCUUUCAGUACAGCACAUUUCUUGUGAAGCAGCCUAAAACACCAGAGUGGCUCUGAGCCUUGUAAAUAUUUGUGUGUGUGUGUUUGUGUGUGUGUGUGUGUGUGUGUGUGUGUGUGUAUCUGAGCACAUCUAAAACACACAUAUGACUCUCAGCAUGUUUGGUGUCUUUCUUUGUGGAUUCAUCCGUGAGUGAUGGCAGCUGGCAGAAAGGCACUGACCCACACUGACCCCAGGCAGGCCAAAAGGGGGCUGUGUGGGAAAGACGUGGGUGGACAUGGACCACUUCCUCAGGCUAAGCAGAUCUUGGGGCCAGAGGAAGCCCCCAGAGCGAGCCGGGGCAACAGAGCAGCACACUCCCAAUUCACAGCCAGGCAGAGAGGCUGAUACAAAACUGCCAUGUGAAACUUUGAAACACUAAAGUCCAAUAAUCAGCAGCGUCUAUGUGCACACCAGUCUCCAUGACAAGUGACGCAUGCUUGCUUUAUUAAUCAGAACCAUGCUGCUGGAAAAAGAGCACUGCAACUGAACUACAUGUUAAAUGAAACUGAAAUAAACUAAAUAGCUUCUUUAA